AUUAUACCUCCUUCCCCACUGUACCYUUUUGAUGACGUAGCAUAAACUAAUGAAAAUCGCUGAGUUGAGUGGCAGCUGCGAGCGGUAAUGGAUAKCUGUACUGGUCAUUCACACUUUUUAUUGGGCGCUUUCUUAUUAACAUGUUUAUUUGGGCUAUCGCUCGGGACGGAACUGAGCUUUGUGACUUGCGGCUCGGUCGUGAAGCUGUUAAAUGUAAAGCACAAUGUCAGACUGCACUCUCACGACGUGCGCUACGGCUCCGGCAGCGGGCAGCAGUCAGUAACAGGCGUGACCACGGUGGAGGACAGUAACAGUUACUGGAGUGUACGGGGCACCAGCGGGGUCCUGUGUCACCGGGGGACUCCUAUUAAGUGUGGUCAGACCAUCCGCCUCACACAUGUCAACACUGGACGCAACCUGCACAGCCACUACUUCUCCUCUCCGCUUUCCUCCAACCAGGAGGUGAGUGCGUUUGGUGAGGAGGGAGAAGGAGACCACCUGGAUGAGUGGACGGUGCAGUGUGGAGGGGCGGUGUGGCAGCGCGAGGAGGCUGUCCGCUUCCAGCACGCCUCCACCGAUGCGUUGCUAUCGAUUACGGGGGAGCAGUAUGGCCGGCCCAUCCACGGGCAGAGGGAAGUGCACGCCAUGACGGGCCCCAGCCAGCACAGCCUGUGGAGGGCCAUGGAGGGGGUCUAUAUGAAGCCCAGUGAAAGCCCACUAGGGAACAAGGACUACAGCCAUCCUCUACACACAGAGUUCUGAUUCAAUCAGACUACAGCCAUCCUCUACACACAGAAUUCUGAUCUGACUACAGCCAUCCUCCACACACGGACUGACUACAGCCAUCCUCUGCUCUGCACAGAGUUUUGAUUCUCAAUCAACCUGACCUGGCUCUACAUACCAUUUUCCUCCCUGUUGUCGCUCUCUCGCUCUCUCUCUCCUCCCCCCCACCCAGAGUUGUGAUCUCCUCUGGCCCCCUGUAUCCAACCCAACUUAGUUGUCUGCCUACCUGUUUCUUACUCAACUCGCUCUGUUUUGAGGACACUCUAACGCACAGUGGAUCUAAUCUGGGGGUUGCCAGGACAACUACAGAACUCUUUGACCAAUCCAAUCUCCGUCACCUGACCUCAUCAACAGAGACUAUUUGAUACACUAAACGAAUGCUGCUACAAGAUGUAGUAAAUACUAUUUUCUAUUUCCCCUCCACACACCUCCCAACAUGGUACUCUCCCCUCCACACACCUCCUCCCAACGUGGUACUUCAACAUAGACAUGUAAAUGUAUGUGAGACACCAGAACAAAAACAGCUAGUGAUUUUAUUGUUCUGUAUGUCAGAGGUGCUACAUGGCCAUUUUGCUAGUGCCUCUAAGAUGGUGCGCCGCCCCAUGUCUGACUGGUUAUAGAAUAGGGUAAAUAUGACUUUAUUGGUCCCCUGAUAUGAUCAACAACAGACUACGGUCCAUAUCAAUUCUGCAGGUUUGUGUUGAUUGUGCACAAAAACGCUAAAUGGAGGCCAGAAUGCUUAUUUCAAGAAACAAGUCUUGUGCGUCUACAAACGUACUUAAAACAACAGCCUUGUUACGAUGCCUGUAUUACAUUAUCGAUUUCUCUACUAUUCAAACAAGUGUAGUUGUAUUAAUAAAGAGGAGCAGUUUGAACCAUUUUAAAGAAACAUUUGAAUCCUAGCACACUGCCUAUCCCCACAAUUCUCUUCUUCACCAUGAACAAGUAGGGUUUCUUUGUUUGACUUGCUUUCAGUUUAAGUCCAUACAGUAUUACAUAUCCCUUCCAUUGACUAAGCUGAAACAUGAAGUGUACCAUAAUUCUCUGUCCACUACAGUAUUGUGUCACAGUCAGUGGUAGGAGUCYAUUCCAUUCAGGAAAUUCAGAACCUGAAUCAUAAUUCCAAUUGAAGAACGGAAAGGAACGUCCCCGUUGAAAACGAAAGGCACUUUUUGAGUCUAGAAUUUCUCAAUUCACCUUCUAGAACUAACAGAAUUAGAUUGGAAUUGACCCCAGCCACGCUGUCAUUGUCCCAGGGGUUGACAGCUACAGCCUGUCUGGUCUGACAUGGGUCUUACGAAGUGUUUUCUAUCAGCUGUCUGUGAGGGUUCAUUUCAACACAAAGGUUUGUUUUCACAAGACUUGAACAUGAUUGUAAUAGAUACCUCAGAUUAAAUGGAUGUUUUGUGCUAA